CCCUUGUUCACAUCUAUACUUUUUUUUUAUAUAUAUAUAAAAUGAGUACACCAUUGACACCUGAAAAGCAGUCUUUUCCUCUACUUCCUAAGGAUCGUAAUUUUGAAGGAGGUGAUUCACCUGCUUCCACCACCUCCACAUACCCUGCUAAGCGUAGAAAGGUAGAUCCUUCGGGAGAAGAAGACGACGACGACGCGUUGGCGUCUAGUGACGAUGUUUGCAUGACCGACGUACUUCCCAUCACGCCUGAAUUAAAGCCUUCCAAAUGGCAAGGCACCAUCAACAAUGUUGUAAAAGCCAUUGUUUCUAUUCGUUUCAGUCAAGUCGCUGCCUUUGAUACCGAAGGACCCGAAACUUCUGAAGCUUCUGGAUUUAUUGUGGACGCAAAGCAAGGCAUUAUUUUGACCAAUCGACAUGUUGCUUGUGCAGGUCCUUUUGUUGGUGAAGCCAUUUGUCAUGAUCACGAGGAAGUGGAUGUCUACCCAAUUUACCGUGAUCCUGUUCAUGAUUUUGGCUUUUUAAAAUUCAACCCAGAAAAGAUCAAAUAUAUGCCCAUGUCGCAAGUCGAGCUUCAUCCUGAAUUAGCCAAGGUCGGUCUCGACAUUCGUGUUGUUGGUAAUGAUGCAGGUGAAAAGCUCAGUAUUUUAGCAGGUUCAAUUUCUCGUUUGGAUCGCAACACACCCGAGUAUGGCGAUUUGACGUACAAUGACUUCAACACCUUUUACUUACAAGCAGCUUCAAGUACGAGUGGUGGAAGUUCCGGUUCACCAGUGAUUGAUAUUGACGGUAACGCUGUUGCACUUCAAGCUGGUGGUCACACGAAAGCAGCCACUGAUUUCUUCUUACCUUUGGAUAGAAUUAAGCGUGCUUUGGAAUUCAUUCAACGUGGUGAGAUGGUACCACGUGGCGAUGUCCAAGCUCAAUUCACCUAUCGUCCAUUUGACGAAGCUCGUCGAUUAGGCUUGAGACCCGAAACAGAAGAUACUUUACGUAAAUUGUUCCCCGAUGAAAUCGGUCUUUUGGUGGCAGAAACCGUUUUACCUGAGGGUCCUGCACACAAGAAGUUGGAGGAAGGUGAUAUUUUAUUGACAAUCAACGGUGAAUACAUUACCAAAUUUGUACCCUUUGAACAUAUGUUGGACUCCAAUGUCGGUAAGGGAAUUACCGUGUGUGUCGAACGAGGUGGUAAACCCAUCGAAUUGAAAAUUCAGGUUGGCGAUCUUCAUGCCAUCACGCCAGAUCGUUUUGUUGAAAUUGGUGGCUCUAAAUUAAACGAGGUCUCAUAUCAAUUAGCUCGUGCUUAUUGUGUGCCAUGUAAGGGUGUUUAUGUUGCUGAACCCUCAGGAAUGUUCCGUUUGGAUGGACCUGAUAAUGGAUGGAUUAUUAAAUCUGUGGAUGAUAAAGAUACACCCAACCUAGACGCUUUUAUCGAGGUGAUGAAAACGAUUCCUGACCGAGCUCGUGUGCCUGUGGUUUAUUACUCUAUUGCGGACACCCAUACGAUCUUGGUUGCUGUUGUGCAAGUGGAAAGACAUUGGUCUGGAUUCAGAUUAGCUGUACGUAAUGACGCUACGGGAUUAUGGGAUUAUACGGAUUUGGGUGCACCUUUACCCCCAAAGCCUUUAAAGCCUUCCACCAAGCAUUUCAUCACCUUGGAUGAUAGUCUGGGACCUGCCAAGGAUCUGAUUCGUUGUUUAGUCAAGGUGAAUUUUUAUAUGCCUUGUCGUUUAGAUGGUUUCCCUCGCAGCCGUAAACAAGGCGCUGGCGUGAUUGUGGAUAAGGAAAGAGGUUUUGUCAUUGUGAGUCGUAGUAUUGUUCCUACCUCGAUGGGAGAUUUGACUUUAAACGUGGCUGAUUCCCUUGUCAUUCCCGCAAAGAUUUUGUUUUUACAUCCUACGCAUAAUUUUGCUGUGGUUCAAUACGAUCCCAAGCUUUUAGGUGAGACGGAUGUGUUGAGUGCGCCUUUCAGUGAUAAAACAUUAUCACAAGGACAUAAAGUGACACUGGUUGCUCAUAACCAUAACCAGCGUCCAGUUUGCUUAAAUACGGUGGUCACGGAUGUCACUUGUGUGACCAUUCCGCAUAAUGGAACUCCUCGUUUCCGUAGUAUUAAUAUGGAUGCGAUUACGCUGGAUACGCCCUUGGCACUUCAAUGCAGUUCAGGACUUUUAGCGGAUGCGGAUGGACUUGUACAGGGACUCUGGAUGAAUUUCUUGGGAGAGCGUAAUAUGAAUGGACAUGAUAAUGAGUAUCAUUUGGGUAUCCAUAUCUCUACCAUCCGUUCUGUUUUGGAGCGUUUAUAUAAAGGGGAAGAGCAUGUUGCACUUCGUAGCAUCAAUGCCGAGUUAAUGCCGGUACAGAUGGCACAAGCUGCGGCAAUGGGAUUGUCCGAUGAAUGGGUCAGUCGUGUAGAACAAGCCAACCCUUCCAAACAUCAAUUGUUCAUGAUUCGACGUACGGAAGCCGCCAGUGAAAGUUCCAAGGUGUUGAAAGAGUUAGAUUUGAUCUUAUCGGUCAAUGGAAAGGUCAUCACGAGAAUGUAUGAGAUGGAUGUACAGUAUGAAGAGGAGGAAAUCGAGAUGACGAUUUUACGCGCUAAGAAGGAAUUGACCGUCAAGGUGAAGACAAGUCCUGUUUCUGGUGAUGGAACCAGCCGUGUUGUAUUCUGGGCAGGAGCAGCAUUACAUGAACCCCAUAAGGCUGUUCUUCAACAGAGUAAAACGCUCCCUUCUCAGAUUUAUAUUUCUGCUCGAUCCAAGGGGUCACCCGCUUAUAUGUACGGUCUCGUACCUACCAUGUGGAUUACGCAUAUUAAUUCGAAGCAGGUAGUUACGUUGGAUGAUUUGGUUGCAGCUGUAAAGGAUGCCGAAGACAACACAUAUGUCCGUGUGCGUUGUCUUAGUUUCGAUAAUGUGCCCAUCAUGCUUUCCGUCAAGAUGGUCAAUCAUUAUUUCCCUUUGGUUGAUAUGGUGAAAGAUCCCAAGGCUGAGUGUGGAUGGUCAAAAAGAGAGUAAUAACACAAACUAGCAUUUAUAGAAAGAAAUAUAUAUAAAAAAAAUUUACAUAUAUUUUCCUCAACACACAUAUUUUUCUGUACCUUCUUUUUUCUACAAUAAUGACUUCGCCAUCAUUUUUAGAGUCACCUGUUUUUCCUUUUUCGAAUUUUGUUGUAAAGCCAAAAGUUUCAUAAAAGUGUGUGGUACAAAAAGAGUUUAAAAAUAAGAUUAAACAUUUUUUUUUGUUUG